CUGGUGACGGACGACGGUUGACGGAAGCUUUAUAUAUUAGAUUUAGAUUUUAGCAAGAUUUUAGCCUUAUUAGGUGCAAUUUAAAUGUACACCCUCAUGAAAUAAUUGAAAUAACUACUAAAAUGUUCAGUGUACUAUACAGACACAGAAAAAUCAUGUGAAAGAAAUAAUAUAGGUUUGAUUCUGUUUUAAAAAUACAAUGUUUCAAACAGAUUAAAACUUAAAAACAAUGUUUUUGAAAACAAAUAUUUUUAAAGCGAUUACUUUCAAGAAUGGUGUCCAGUUGCCUUUUACAUACUGGAUUCUUGUUAUAUUACGAUUUGCUCUCACAUUGUGGCCACAAUCCGGUUACAUACAUCCCGAUGAAUAUUUUCAAAAUGUUGAAGUAAUUGCUGGUGAUGUUUUUGACAUAGAAAUAUCAAGAACUUGGGAGUUUGAUCCAAAAUUUCCAAUAAGAAACAUAUUUGUGCCUAAACUAGUCCUCAGCCCACCACUAAAUCUUAUAAGAAUUCUUAAUCCAUUUAUGAAAAGCCACUUUCAAGUUGAUCUUAAAACUCCUUACUUUUUGCUUGUUAUUCCAAGACUAUUUAUUUGUGCUUUAUCAUUAAUAAAUGACUAUUGUCUCUACAAACUGUGUGUGCUGUAUGGUCAAAAUUUUAGAAACCGAUUAAAAAUAUUUGCAAGCUCAUAUGUAGUUCUUGUCUAUGGCACUAGAAGUUUUUCAAAUAACUUUGAAAUGAUAUUCUUUUCUUUACUACUUUAUUUAGUAGGUGAUUGUAUGUUGAAGUCUGAUAAGAUUAUUUAUCAUAAACAGUUUCUAGAUGAAAGGUACAAGCAAGCUUUAACACCAGCUGAGAGAGUGAGGAUAAAUAAGUUACAGAGUCAUAUACCACAACAUUCACUCAAUUAUGUAUUUGUAAUUGCAUCUAUAGUUGUUGUUGGUACAUUUAAUCGUCCUACAUUUAUUGGGUUUGCUUUUGUGCCUAUAUUCUUCUGGCUUCAUAGAGGUUUAGGGACACAAGUUGUAGGAUUUGUUGACUUCCAUAUAAGAAUAUUCAUAUUAAAAAUCUGUGCAAUACCCAUGCUAUUAUUACUGAUUAUCAUUGACUCUGGAUACUAUGGGUAUAUCACAAUGGCGGAUAUAGAAUCCUUAGAAAUAAGUUGGAACAAUUGGAUUGUGACACCAUUGAAUUUCUUGAGAUAUAAUGCUGAUCCAAGUAAUCUGACAAAACAUGGACUACAUCCUCGGUGGCUGCAUAUUGCUGUCAAUGUGCCCUUACUAUUUAAUGUUUUGGGUUUCAUAGCAUUAUACACAGUACUAGUCAACUGUUACAGAUUCAUCUGCGGGAUGUACAGUAAAAUGCCGAGAAGACAAAGUAUCCGAGGCUUAAUGUUGCUCUCAGUGAUAAUUCCAUUAGGUCUGCUAUCAUUGUUUCCACAUCAAGAAGCACGGUUCAUUAUACCAUUGCUCGUUCCACUUGUGUAUCUCUAUGCUAAUAUGUUACAUGCCAAUGAUGAGGACACACAAAAUGUAAAGAAGAUGAAGAAAUUUUUUUUAUCCGUCUGGUAUACUCUUAAUAUAAUUUUUACUGUAUUUUUUGGUUUCAUACAUCAAGGUGGUAUUUAUCCAUUUGUAAAUAACCUCUUUUAUGAAAUCAAAGGAAAUUAUGGAACCCAUGUGCAUGUAAUAACAACCCACAGUUAUAGUAUACCAACAUAUCUAUUGCAACUAGAAAGCACUACACGUCUGUGGAUUGAUAAAACAACAAACAAAAGGUAUAAAGUCGCCCCUAGCACAUUUUUGCAUAAAUUUGGUUCAAUGCCAAUGGAAGAAUUAUUUACUGUAGUGGAUGACAGUUUGACCAUUGCUGAGAUGCGUUUGCAUAAACAUAACAGAAAAUAUAGACUUUAUUUAGUUUCACCAUGUUCAUUACAUAAUAAAGUAAUGAAUGUUUCUGUGAAAUAUCAUUAUAUGGAAAUAAAAAAUGAAUAUACCUACUAUCCACAUUUUUGUACAGAAGCAUUACCCGACUUCCCAAAUGCAAAUGAUCACAACUGUUACAGCAAUGGAUUAAGAACAAAUGAAUCUCAGCUAAUAUCUCUGAAACUUUCUCAAAGAAUCUCAUGUUAUUUAAGUAAGUUUUGCUUGAGGGCAUAUAGUAUAAGAUCGAAAGGAGUAUGAAGGUAUUCAAACAUUGUAAAUAAAACAAUUUGUUUUUUAUAUUUGAAUUUAUAGACUUGGUAUUUGAGUUUUUUAAACAAUUUAACAAAAAUCAUUUUUAAAUUGAGUACUUAAUUUUAAGGAUAAUAAUUAAUUUGUGAUAUCAAAGUUCUGAUUUUUUUACAUUUUAUAAUUAAUGAAUUUUACUUAAUAAUUUUAUUAAAGUUUGUAGUUUGUGUUAUAACACAUUAUUAUAGUCAUGUCCCACCAGCUAGAGCACUUGCUUAAAUUUUUUAUAGUAUUUAAGUUCACACAUAAAACAUUGUCCAAUUGUUUGUUUUGUAUAUUAUUUAUAUUAAAUGUUAAAAAAUAGUUAAAAUAUAAAAUAUUUUAACUAUUUUUUAAAACAUGUGAAAAUUAAAUAGAUGCCAUUUGUCUUCAA